AGAUUAAAUGAGGGAGAGGCAGGGGGCAGAGAGGAGAUGGAGAGAGGGAGAGGGAGAUAGAGUGAAAGAGCGAAAGAGUGAAUUAAUUCAUCCCUCAGCAAGCCCUAAUUGACGCCGUAGCAAACUGGCACUCGCAAAUAUACACACAGAGCAAUGGAAGGAGAGAGGAGAAACGAGAAGUUCUUCCACAGGAAGAGAAGUUCAACUUUUGGUGCAUAUGGAGGUUCCCAAUCCCCUGUUGACAGUGAGGACAGAUUCAUAUGCGGGGAUGAAACACGCAGACAAGAAACUUUACAACCCAGCAUUCUGGAUGCUCUGGAUUCUACUUGCAGUGAGAGCAAGCCUUUCCUUCCAGCUAACAGCAACCAAAGGGUGACAGAACUGUUUGAGAUCAUUGAAAAGCUACAGGGUAGCAGGCUGGAUGAACAACGCUGUGAGUUCCCCUUGCCUUUGAAGUCUCAUCUUUUAAAGAUUGGAGGCGACCUGCCUCUAACCCUGCCUCCAAAAAUGGGGGGUUAUUGGAUUGACCCCCCACUGGAGAAGUUUGCUGACAUGAGCCCCACAUGGUCACAUCACGGACUGGACACAGACUCCUAUGACAUCAUGGAGAGAGACAGCGAGGCAAAAAUAUACAACGAUCUCUUUCGACCAAGAUAUCAUCACUCGUUCACGGCGCUAGACCCCUCCUUAGGGCCCCUGGUUCUCUCUGUGUGUUUGGAGGAAGAGGACAAACGACUACGAGUCAUACUGAGAAUGAAGGAAUGCUCUUUGCAUGGAGUUUUUUCUGUCUGUCUCUUCUCAAACAUCCCCUCUGCUGUGGAGCUGGCCAGGAUGCUGUGUGAAAACGUGGCCAUACCCAGAUUUGAGGUGGUUAGCUAUCUCAAGGCUCCAGAGCUCAUAACAGCAUUUGAUGAACACCGGGUGUCUCCCAAUUUCAAAUUUGGCAUCUUGUAUCAGAAGGAGGGGCAGCUUACGGAGCAGGAUAUACUCAGUAACAAUGAGGAAAGUGAAGAGUUUCAAGACUUCAUCUCAGUCUUGGGAGAGACAGUAAAACUCCAGGGAUUCACCGGAUUCCGAGGAGGUCUGGAUGUGUCUCACGACCAAACAGGAAGUCAUACCGUGUUCACGUCUUUCCACGGUAGAGAAGUCAUGUUUCACGUUGCAACCAAGCUGCCCUACACAGAUGGGGAUCCCCAGCAGCUGCAGAGGAAGAGGCAUAUAGGCAACGACAUCGUUGCUCUGGUCUACCAGGAGGGCCAGACCCCCUUCCUGUCUGAUGUCAUCAGCUCCCACUUCCUGCACUGCUUCCUGGUGGUCCGGAGGGUCUGGAAGGGGGAGGGGGACGAGGCAGGGAAGGGAGGAGGGUUCCAGGUGUCAGUAACUGCCAGAGAGGAUGUGCCACCCUUUGGCCCCGCCCUCCCAGAUCCUCCAAUUUUCAAAGAUCGGUCGAUCUUACGAGAGUUCCUUCUAACAAAGCUGAUCAACGCAGAGAUCUCCUGCUACAAGGCCGAACAGUUCAGCCGACUAGAGCUGCGUACUCGUUCCUCUCUACUGGAGGGGCUCCAGGCUGAACUCUCCACACGCUCUCAGUGCAUGCUGGGAGUUCCGCCAUUGUCCAGCCUCCAGGUCUCUGAGGGGUUGAGGGGUGUGUCUGAGGGGAGCGGGGGGUUCAUAGAGAACUUCAAGAGAGCCAUCAGGGUUCGCAGUCAUUCAUUCGAUACCCUUGGGGUACCCAAAAAAAUUGGAGGAGUGGUGACUCAAAAACCCAAGAACGCCUAUGUUUCAGAGAAAGAUGUAGACAGCGAGUACAAGACUCCAGGAUACACAUUUCCUCUCCUAGACGGCCUGAGCUCUGAGGUCAAAGGUCAAACUAGUCCUCAGGAGGACACCUAAACAGAUAUGACUUCAGAACAACAUGAUGAUGUCACUAAAUAAUCCCGGGUGGAUGAUAUAAAUGUAAAAACUUGUGUGUAAAUAGAAUCAGUGUAUGGUAAAACAAGAGCUUAUGUAGAUAAUAAUGAGCGAUUUUAGAGUUUUGUGAUGACAGUUAUAAGGGUCAUAAAACCUCCAAUGCUAUUAAAUGGGGAUGAAUGUACGUUUUAUCAAAAAUAAAUGAUUGUUAUUAUU